AUGGGAAAAGCAAAAGCUUCAGAGGUAUAUAAAAAAAUUUGUAAAAAAGCAGGAAAAUUAAAAAAUCCUGUAUCUUCUGCAAAUGCAAUUCCAGAAAAACCAAUGACAAUAUGUAAUAAGGAAAUUGAAUUAUUAUUUCCAUGGGCAACACAUCUAUCAGAUGAGGAUACAGAAUGGGUUUUUGAUUUAUUUAAAAGAAAUAUGUUUGGAAUGUAUCAAAUGUCAAUAGAUGGUUGGAAUGAAACUCAGAAAAGACAGGAACUUUUUGCUACAACUAGUCGAUAUGUUAUUGCUAAAGUUGAAGGUAAAAAUUGUGGUUAUGUUCAUUAUCGUUUUGAUAUUGAUGGAGGUCUUCCAGUUUUAUAUUUAUAUGAAAUUCAAAUUGAAACAAAUAUGCAAAAUAAGGGAUUAGGGGGAUUGCUUCUUUCAAUGUUAGAAAAAACAGCAAAAAAUUUGGAUAUGAAAAAAGUUGUCUGUACAGUUUUUGCCUUUAAUUCACAAAGUUUAGCAUUUUUUCAUAAAAAUAAUUAUACAACAGAUGAAACUUGUCCUGGUGCAGAUGAUGGAGUUGAUUAUUUGAUAUUAUCUAAAAAAUUUGAAUAG